AUGACGGAUACUUUCAUCUCUUUGGACAGAGAUGUGGGAGACGGAAGGAAAGGUGGGAUGGGACCAGAAGAGAGCCACGUGGAAGCCAAAAUCCUCACAUGUAGAUCUGGCAUGAGAAAGCUUCCUAAGUGUGUCUCAGGUAGCUUGGUACAAGUUCUGCCCAAUAGAGGUGCUUCAUACACCAGGCAGCAAGCCUACCCAGAUGAGAUCCCCUGGUUGGGAAGGUGGAAGUACUUCACGAACAAAGCAAAGAUCCCUGACAAAGCUGACAGUAUGCUUACAUGGGAGAAAGAGGAGCUGAAAAGCAUGAAGAGGAAAAUGGAGAAAGAUAUGGAAAAAUCAGAGGUCCUACUCAAGACCCUGGCCUCCUGCCGAGACACCCUGAACUUCUGCUUCAAGGAGCGGCUGCAAGCCGUGGACCUCAUGAACCAGCCUCUGGACAAGGUUCUAGAGCAGGCCGGACGCCACUCAUGGGUGAACCUCUCCCGGGCCCCCACCCCACGCACGCAGGGUCAGAAAACGCCUCCUCCAGACCCUGUGGGCACCUAUACCCCAGAGUGCGCCUUGGCGCUAAAUGAAGCCAAGCGGUUGUUGGUCGAGUCCAAGGACACCUUGGUGGAAAUGGCAAAGAACGUGGUGGACGUCCAGGAGCAACAGCUGCAGAUAAGCGACCGCGUGUGCGCCUCGCUGGCGCAGAAGGCGAGCGAGACCUUGGAGCUGAAGGAAAGAUUAACUAUGACGUUAGGACUGAUGAGGGGAACUAUCCACCGGUGUACGAAAUACAACCAAGAGAUGUACACCACCCACGGUCUCAUCAAGGGUCCUCUGUCGAAAGUUCACCUGGAGACCGGAGAAAAGCUGGACAGACCACUGGUUCGCAUGUACCAGAGACACGUGGGCACCCAACUCCCUGAGGCUGCGCGCCUCGCGCAGGGCACCGACAAGCUGCAGCGCCACAUCACGCACCUGGAAAAGAACCUGGACGAGCUGCUCGCCACGCACAAGAACCUCACCUGGGGCCUCAACUGCAAAACCAUCGGGCAUGAGGUGGACGGCAGCGUGGUGCGCCUGCGCCUGCGCCAGCGGCAACCGCACGUGUGCUACGAGCAGGCGCAGCGCCUGGUUAAUGACUGGGACCCGCGCACGCCGCCGCCGCGCAGCAAGAGCAGCACCGACCCCUAGUGACCCCAGCGUCCCCCGCCCCAGCUGGCUGGUUGGAUACUGGCUGGGACCUCAGAGAGCAGACAUAGCCCCAUGGGGCCCUCUCUCUCCCCUGAUGCACCCUCCCUCCAAGUGCCCUCUAGGAGAAUUAUAAUUAAAAAUAACAAUAAUUAUC